AUGGUGACUGCUCGAUUCUCCUCGGCUACAGUAUUCCUCGUGCUCAUCGUUGGGACCGCACUAUCGGCUCUUCCAGAUUUGGGGUAUCCUGGAUGGCAAUGUGAUGCUUCGCUUUAUCAGAAAUCUAAGAAAGUUCCAACUUCCGCCCACUCUGUCCGUUUCGCUGACAUCAAAGUUAUCGGAGCUCUCGGAGAUUCUUUGACUGCCGCAAACGGAGCUGGAGCACCAAAAGGAGAUCCAUUGGCUGUUAUCCUUCAAUACAGAGGACUUGCAUUCCAAUGUGGAGGAGAUAACACUUUGGAUGAGCAUGUUACCGUAGCCAAUGUUCUCAAAAAGUUUAGUCCAAAUCUUAUGGGAUACUCAACUGGAAUCGGAAGUGCCAAUGUUUGGGAGGUUUCGAAACUGAACCAGGCUGUUCCAGGAGCUGAAGCAUCUGAUAUUAUCACUCAAGCUAGAGCAUUGGUCCAGAUUAUUCAAAGUCAUAAGGAGAUAGAUUACAAGAACGAUUGGAAGCUUGUCAACGUUUUCAUCGGAGCCAACGACAUGUGUGCAUAUUGUAAUGACGGAGAAAACGGAGGACACUCAAAGGCCAACUGGAAACAAAAUGUGAUCACUGCUAUUCAAAUUUUGAAGAAUAACUUGCCAAGAACAAUUGUCUCAAUGACCGGAAUGUUCGACAUGAGAAUGCUCCGUGAAAUCGACCACGACAAGUAUUUCUGCGAUGGUCUCCACACUUUCGAGUGUCCAUGCGAGAAGAAUAAGGCAUUCACCAACGACGACAUUUCAGCUGCUUGUCACCGUUACAUGGAUGCUCAAUUGGAAAUCCAAAGUUCUGGAAUCUUCGACUCAACAGAUGACUUCACUUUCGUCGUCCAACCCUUCUUCAACGGAAUCGUCACUCCACCAUUGAAACCAGAUGGAGAUGUCAACUUGGAUUGGUUCGCCCCAGAUUGUUUCCAUUUCUCUAAACUCGGACAUGCCAACGUGGCUAAACAUCUCUGGAACAACAUCGUUCAGCCAGUUGGAUCCAAGAACACCAUCGUCAACUUGUCUGAUCCAACAAUCCCAUUGAACUGCCCAGAUGCAUCCUGUCCAUUCUUCAGAACCACUAAGAAUAGUGUUGAUUGUUCCAAGUAUAUGACUGCAUAG